AUGGCGAGUGGACAUUUGAAAACUUCGGAAAGGAGAAACUCUGGGAUGCAUGUGUGCCCCUCACCGCCUUUUCGAUUCAUGUGCGCUGUUGCUCUCUGUCAGUGCAGUCGUCGUUCAAAAGUGUGUCUGCGAUUUGCGCUUCCACUGCAAACCUGUACGCAGCUCUGCACUGGUGCACGGGCUGUCACUCCCAUGGAAGAGGCCCUUUGGUUCUGGCUCCCUUGCAGACUCUGCAACUUGGACAUCAUCAGCCGAGUGGCGCAGGUCAUAUGCUUCGCGUUCCAUGACUCCAAUCUCAUGCUGGAGUCCUGCAGCAAAGCCAAGGAGCAGAGGAAAAUUGUGACCCUUUUCUAUUUGGACUAG